GCUAACGGUUUCCGGUAGUGGUAGCCCCCCGAGGGUGGGAGAAAAGAGACGCCGCGUCCCGAAACCCCGAACCUUUAGAACAAGAUGAUGGGCUUCGGGGCGUCCGCGUUAGAGUCCAUUGAAAGCGAAGAGGCCCUGGAGGUCCCGGGGCCACCCCCGGAGCCGCGAGCCCCGGAACCCCGAGCCCCAGAGCCCGAGCCGGGCUUGGACUUGAGCCUUAGCCCGAGCCCGCUGCCCGAGAGUCCGAAGCCGCGGAAGAGCAGCCCGGGUCAGCGGAAGGGGCGGCGGGGCGGUAGCCGGAGGCGGCGGCAGGUUCGUUUUCAACUGGCGCCGCCCUCCCCGGUGCGGUCCGAGCCGCUGCUGGCGGCCGGUGCACCGGGCGACGAUCAUGAGCUGGAGGCACCGGCCCUGCAGAGCAGCCUGGCUUUGAGUCUGGAGCUGCAGAACGCGCGCGCCGCUGUUACCAGCGGCCAGUUUGAUGCCUCCAAGGCGGUGGAGGAGCAGCUGAGAAAGUCGUUCCAGACCCGCUGUGCCCUGGAGGAGACCGUGGCGGAGGGGUUGAACGUGCCGCGCUCUAAGCGACUCUACCGAGACCUGGUGAGUCUGCAGGUGCCCGAGGAGCAGGUUCUGAACGCGGCGCUGAGGGAGAAGCUGGCGAUGCUGCCACCGCAGCCCCGAGCUCCGCCCCUGAAGGAGGUGCUCGGGCCGGGGCCAGACAUGACCAUGCUGUGCAACCCAGAUUCUCUGUGGUCCGAAUCUCCGCACUUGACAGUGGACGGGCUGCCGCCACUAAGGCUUCAAGCCCGGCCCCGCCCUUCAGAAGAUACCUUUCUCAUGCAUCGGAUGCUGAGGCGCUGGGAAGCGUAGCCCUAACUCUGGAAUGCUAGUCUGUAUUUUUGUUAGUUUUUUUUUUUUAAUAGAAUAAAAUGUUUUCCUCCCU